AUGGUACGCUAGACUGUAGCUUGCCCAACAUGGCAGCUGUCACUCACCCCCUCUCGGCUCGCUGCUCUGCCCCAGGCCCAAAUCACGACCACCUCCCACACGGUCGAGCGCGACCUUACCAAGAUGGAGCGCAUCGGUACGGCCAGCUAGCCACUACAGCGCAUCCCCCAUCCCCCAUCCUCCUCCUCGUACUCAUACCCAUCCCACCCAUCCCAUCCCACAGGCGCCCACUCGCACAUCCGAGGCCUCGGACUGGACGCGACCACGCUCGAACCGCUCGGCAACUCGCAAGGCAUGGUCGGACAGGCCAAGGCGAGGAAAGCCGCCGGCGUCAUCAUCAAGAUGGUACAACAGGCUAGGAUCGCUGGUCGGGCGGUGCUCAUGGCCGGGCCGCCGGGCAGUGGAAAGACGGCGAUUGCGAUGGGUUAGUGUCAGAUCGGGCCGUGCGGCUCGCACUCGGCACCCGUGUACAGCGUCGCUCAGUUCACCCUCACCUCGUCUUCCCCAUAGGCAUGGCACAAUCCCUCGGUUCGGACGUCCCCUUCACCAUGAUCUCGGCCUCGGAGAUCUUUUCGCUCGAAAUGAGCAAGACCGAAGCUCUGACCCAGGCGUUCCGACGUAGCAUCGGCGUCAGGAUCAAGGAGGAAUCCGAGAUCAUCGAGGGUGAAGUCGUCGAGAUUCAAGUCGAUCGAAGUUUGACUGGGGUGAGACUACCUUUUGGUCAGAGUUGGAACACCCUGGAUAUUAUGUGACCUAACUUUGAAGGUUCGUCGUCGUCUCGCAGGCCUCGAAAACGGGCAAGAUUACGAUGAAGACGACCGACAUGGAGACCGUCUACGACCUCGGCAACAAGAUGAUCGACGCCUUGACUAAAGAAAAAAUCAUUGCAGGCGAUGUCAUCGUCAUUGACAAAUCCACGGGCAAGAUCUCCAAGUUGGGGAGGUCAUUCACCCGCGCCAGGGAUUACGAUGCCAUGGGAGCUGAUGUGGGUUUCUUGCGCGAACCGAAGCCCGAGAUGACAACUUUGAUACCAAAGUGUAUAUUCCUCUCUCUGAUGUGCUUUACGUCCGACAGGUCAAGUUCGUGCAAUGCCCCGAGGGCGAGUUGCAAGUCAGGAAGGAGGUCGUUCAUACCGUUUCGCUGCACGAGAUUGACGUCAUCAACUCGAGAACCCAGGGGUUCUUGGCGCUCUUUGCUGGUCAGUCGAGUAUCCUUCUCACAAGGCCGUGCAUGUUCCCCCAAAUCCAGCAUUUUCUGAAAGAUUCGGCUGCCUCGACAGGUGACACGGGGGAGAUCAAAUCCGAAUUGCGCGACCAGAUCAACACCAAAGUCUCGGACUGGAGGGAAGAGGGCAAGGCCGAGAUCGUACCGGGGGUCCUCUUCAUCGACGAGGUGCGUCCUUGACGUCGUAGACCGCGAACAGAUCAUCUCAUCUUACACCAUAAACCCUACAGGUGCACAUGCUCGACAUUGAAUGCUUCUCCUUCCUCAACCGCGCGCUCGAGACCGAACUCGCGCCGAUCGUAAUCAUGGCUUCGAACCGAGGCAUGACCCGGAUACGUGGAACAAAGUACAAGAGCCCCCAUGGGAUCCCCGUCGAUCUGUUGGACCGCGCUUUGAUCAUCUCGACGCAACCUUACAAGCCUGAGGAUAUCAAGGAGAUUUUGUCGAUUCGGUGGGUCUCGGUCUGCGAUGGAGUUACGCGUACACUGGGUCUGAGAAAACGUCGCUGAAUUGAUCAAAUCCGUGUUCGAUCUCAUCAGAGCACAAGAGGAGGAUGUCAGUCUAUCGGCGGCCGCGAUUGAGAUUCUGACCAAGAUUGGGACAGAAACUUCGCUGCGUAAGCCAGCUUUACGAAGAGCAUGUGGGCGGCAAACCUCGAGUCAACUUGCUGAACUGGAUCAUCUUUCAACCUAUUAGGUUACGUGAUACAGUUGAUUACGUUGUCGAACCUGGUGGCCCGACGAAGAAAAGCAACAACGGUGGAUGUGCCCGACGUGCGACGAGUUUACACAUUGUACGUCGUGCUGUACCUUCCCAGUCGAACUCAUUUUUUCGAGAUCUGAAUUGCUCCGUGCCGUCGAUGUACAGAUUCUUGGACGAGAAGCGAUCGGUCGAGUUCCUCAAAGCUUCGAAUGCGCUGAUCGGGGAAGAUGGUCAGGUCGAGCAAGUAUACGCUACUGCUGCGGGGGAUGCGAUGGAGACCUGA